AUGUCUAUUCAUGAUUUCAAUGAGCAACAAGGACUUUCUUCUUGGUCUUUUGAUACUACCAAUGCCUUUGAAGAAAGUGCUUCAUUCUAUGACCAAAAUUUAGCUUCCACUUCUUCCUACGAUCCCUUUCAAUCAAAUAAACAAAAUACAAAUGAACAAUAUAAAGCAGAACCAAUGACGAUUAAAGUAGAUGAUCCACUUAAAAGCAGUGAUGGUUUUUUUGUUACAUAUCGAGUAUUCACAAUGACGGCAUUACCUAAUUAUUCAGUAGAUAAUCGACCCGUACGACGUCGUUUUCAAGAUUUUGUAUGGCUUCAUAAUGCAUUAUCAGUUGAAUUUUCUACUUGUGUCAUACCUCCAUUACCCGAAAAGCAUCGUUUAAAAUACAUGAAAGGAGAUGGAUUUGAUUCAGCAUUUAUUGAGCAUAGAAGACUAUGUUUGCAAUGGUUUAUGGAUAGAAUAGCAAGACAUCCUUUACUUCAAGCAUCACACUAUACACGACUCUUUCUAGAGUCUACAGAUUUUAAAUCAGAUAAGAAAAUAUUCAAAGCAUCACUUCAUCAAAAUCAUUCACUAUUCGGAUCAUUAUUUAAAUCACUUGUAAAGGUGAAGAAACCAGAUGAAAAGUUUAUUGAAAUGAAGGACACAAUAGAUAAAUUUGAAGAUAACUUGAAUAUUGUUGAAAAAUUAUACCAUCGAAUUGGCAAAAGACAACAAGAAUUGGAACAGAAUUAUAGUUUAUUUGCAAGCAGUAUUCGUGGUUUAUCUGCAUUAGAAACAAAUGUAGACCAGCCAUUACGACAAUUUGCAGAAGCAACAGAGUCCUAUAUAGAAGCAUUAAAAGAAAUGAGAAAACAAGAAGAUUUAUUGUUUUUGAAUGAUGUACACGAGUUGAUUAACUAUUGUCAUGCAACUAAAGAACAACUGAUUGAAAGAGAUCAAAAACAAGUUAAUUUUGAAGAUGUUUCAGCUGCAUUGCAAUCUAUUGUACUUGAAAGAGAAAGGCUAUUAUAUCCUGGUAAAAAUUUGGGCAGAGCUGCUGCAGGCAACAUGAACAUCACGGAUAUUAUGCAAGAUAAGAUGAGUGAUAAUGGGAAAGCAAGGACUGAAAGGCUCCAGGAUGAAGUGACGAAGGCAAAUGAUAUUAGUAACAAAUAUUCGAGUCAAAUGAUGAAAGAAUAUGAAAUAUUUAAAAAAUCCAAAGAAAUUGAACUAAAGCAAGGAUUAGCUGCUUAUGCUGAUUGUCAUAUUGAUUUCUAUAAAAAGAGUAUUUCUAUAUGGGAGAACAUUUUACCUGUAUUGGAUCAAAUUCAAUUAGAAGAUUUAUAA